AUGCCUUCUCUCCCGAUCGAAGAGUACCAGGUGGGCUGGGUGUGCGCCCUCCCCAAGGAGCUGACGGCCGCGCGGGUGAUGCUGGAUGAAGAGCAUGAACCACACACGAAUCAAGUGCCGCACGACAAUAACAAUUACGUGCUGGGACGCAUUCAUGGUCACAACGUGGUGAUGGCGUGCCUGCCUGCCGGAGUGUAUGGCACCGUCUCCGCGGCGACCGUGGCGACCAACAUGUUGAGGACUUUUACAAGCAUCCGCUUCGGCCUAAUGGUUGGCAUCGGGGGAGGAAUCCCAGGCUCCCACAAAGGCGGGGACAUUAGGCUCGGUGACGUGGUGGUCAGUCAGCCUGAUGGGACGCACGGGGGCGUGGUGCAGUACGACCUCCGGACGAAUCUGGGAGAUGGAGUAUUCGAGCAGAAGGGCAAGCUGCGGCCACCUCCAACUCUCCUGUUGACCGCGCUGGCCAACCUCCAAUCAAAACACCAAAUGUAUGGUUCACAGAUCCCGGAAACUCUUUCCGCAAUGGUCCAGCGAUUUCCACGAUUGGCCAAGGGAGGGUACGUGCAUCCUGGUGUGGAGAACGACACACUGUUUUGCAGCAACAUCGAAGGCCACCGAGACGGGGGUCAUUGCACCGAAUGUCAGAACGGCAUUGUCAACCGACAGCCUCGUGAAGACCACAGUCCCGAGGUUCAUUACGGGGUCAUUGCUUCAGGAAACGAAUUGAUGAAGAAUGUGGUCGAACGGGCUCGGCUGGGCCGCGAAUUCGGCGCCAAGUGUGUGGAAAUGGAGGCCGCUGGAUUGAUGCCUGAUUUUCCCUGUGUUGUGGUGCGAGGGAUCUGUGACUAUGCCGAUUCCCAUACGAAUGACGUGUGGCAGGAAUAUGCGGCGGCCACCGCUGCCGGGUUUGCCAAAGAACUGUUAGCCACUGUCAAGCCAGCAGAAGUGGUGUCGGUCAAACAGGCUGCAGAGGUAAUGAAAUAUAAUCUCGGUCUCAAUCUCUACGAUGCUCCGGACAUGAACGAGGAUCUCUUUAUUGGUCGACAGAGCGAGAUUCACCGGAUGGAGUCGAUCUUGCAGCCUCAGUCCGACACAGUCGACUCCGGCAGAAAGGUGCUUGUUCUCGGCGGCAUGGGUGGGAUUGGCAAGACUCAGCUGGCGAUUUCCUAUGCCAAACGACAUCGGACCGACUAUUCGUCCGUCUUCUGGCUGAAUGCCACCUCUGAGGCCAGCCUCCAGACGAGCUUACGGAAUGUGGCCCAUCGAGUGCUACCUCCAGAGACAGUCGGUAAGCUUGACGGCAAGCAGAUUCAUGUGUCCAUCUCGAAUUGGCUCUCGGAACACGACAACACUCGGUGGCUACUUAUCUUCGACAAUUACGACGAUCCGGAUGAGUACUCGCUUCAUACAUAUUUCUCAUUUGCCGCGCAUGGCUCGGUCAUCGUCACCACGCGACAGCCGGGUCGAGUGAACGGAGUCGAGGUGCGGGUGCAAUCGAUGAGCAAGGAAGACGACAGCCUUCGAAUUCUAGCUACUCGGUCCGGACGCGACGAUGCAGAAUCAGACCAAGAUGCCCGACUCCUGGCCCAGCGACUCGACGGGCAUCCCUUAGCUCUGGCAACAGCGGGAGCUUUUUUAAGUCAGUCUUCGAUCAGCUUUGGCCAGUAUCUUCGACAGUAUCACGCGCGAUGGAAAGUGAUUGAUUCGAUGGAGGCAUUGCCCGAUUAUCCUUCGCGCACACUCUACACGACAUGGACUCUAUCAUUCACGCGGAUUGAGCAACAAUGCCCACGUGCAGCACAUCUCUUGCGAUUCCUAGCGUAUUUGGAUCACCAGGAUGUCUGGUUCCAACUCUUCACAAGAGUGCAAGGUGACAACCGACCGGCGUGGUUUACGGAAUUAGCGGGCGACGAGUGUGUGUUUGAGGAUACGAUGCGUAUACUCACACGAUACUGUCUCGUGGAAGCGCAUUAUCAGACUGGGUCAUACGGUCUUCACGUGUGUGUCCAUGACUGGACGUUAGAGGGGUUGAACCAACCGAUCGACGCGAGGCAAUACUGGUUAGCGUUUGACUGUGUGGCUAGCCACGUCGACAAGGAAAACGGGGAUCAUCUGUCGACGAUUCGAUAUCGGCCGAUCACGAGGCAUGCCGAGCGGUUGGUGCACGGUCGCUUUCUGACAGCAGCAAACCGGAACGACUCAGCACGGACCAGAUUAGAUGCGAUGAUGUUACUGGCGGUGCUUCUUGGACAGCAAGUACGGUAUAAUGCCGCCGAGCAAAUGUUCGUUCGAGCGCUACAAGGCUUUGAGGAGGCACUUGGACCGGACCACAUAUCGACACUCAAUACGGUCAAUAACCUAGGCCUCCUCUACAUCACCCAAGAUAAGCUAGUCGAGGCGGAGAAGAUUCACUUUUCCACAAUCCCCCAAUCAAUGUUGGUUUGA